AUGGCUUCGUCUCAAGGGAGGCACGAUCUCCGUUUUGCAGAUUGGAUGGCAAGUUUGCCAGAAAACCUGCACAGUAUUCCCCUCACCAACCUGGCUAUACCUGGUUCUCAUGACUCUUUCAGUUUCUACAUUGAUGAGGCUUCUCCUGUCGGACCCGAGCAGCCCGAGACAGUGCAGAAUUUCGUCUCUGUCUUUGGUACAGUGGCGAAAAAGUUGAUGAGGAAGUGGUUAGCCACUCAAACCAUGAACUUCACCAGUCAGCUGGAGGCAGGCAUCCGCUUCUUUGACCUGCGUAUCUCCACCAAGCCCAGAGAUCCCGACAACGAGCUUUACUUUGCUCAUGGUCUGUUUAGCGCCACCGUACGCGAAGGCCUGGAGCAGAUCAGCACGUUCUUGGCCUCCCACGCCCGUGAGGUGGUCUUCCUGGACUUUAAUCACUUCUAUGGUGUCCAGAACCUCCACCAUGAGAAGCUGGUCCAGAUGCUCCGUACCAUCUUCGGUGACCGCCUCUGCCCAGUUAUAUUUGCCCAGGAAGUCAGUCUGAAGUACCUCUGGGAGAAAGAGUACCAGGUUUUGGUCUUCUAUCACAACCCCAUGGCCCUGGAGGUGCCUUUCCUGUGGCCGGGGCAGAUGAUGCCCGCGCCUUGGGCCAACACCACAGAUCCUGAGAAGCUCAUCCAGUUCCUGCAGGCUUCGGUGACAGACAGGAGACGUAAGGGCACCUUCUUCGUGUCCCAGGUGGUCCUUACGCCCAAAGCUAGCACGGUAAUGAAGGGCGUGGCCAGUGGUCUGAGAGAGACCAUCACAGAGAGGGCUCUACCUGGCAUGAUGCAGUGGAUUCGUUCUCAGAGGCCUGGUGAGAAUGGUGUUAACAUCAUCACAGCUGACUUUGUGGAGCUUGGUGACUUCAUCAGUGCCGUAAUCUCCCUCAACUACUAUCUGGACGAAGAGGAAGACAACGCCACCUGA